GGUUAACAUUGUUGGUCAGGAAGAAAAAAUCACUAAAGGAAGAGUGCCUCUUUACAGUUUAGCUUUGUGAUGGGGUCCUGAGCGCAGAUUGAGCGCCACGUUUUUACAAGAAUAUAUUGUUAUCAUGAAGCUAUAAGGAUUUGAACGACUGCGGUUGUUCACAUACGUCACGAUAUGUCUGCAGCAAUGCUGAGCACCACUACCAGCAAGCUGAAUGUAUUGGUCAACAAACUGCAUGAGUACUUGGCUCAAUCUACUGUUGAGGACAGCAAUGGCUCGCCAACCUCAGCUGAUGGUCCGACAAACAGGAGCUGUUCUGUGGGAAACUCACUAGGUCAUACUGUGACGGAGGCAGGAGUGGAUACAAAAUACUCAAGGAGAAAACCGUCUGUUGUCAUACGGCACUCUGGACUGGAUGAAUCUGGGGACUCGAAUGCAAGUGAGGACGUGGUUUUACCAGUCAUUGCAAAUAGUCACCCUGAUAUCACUAGAUUACCAAAAGGCACUGUCCUGGUGAGGCCUGAACCUGUUGAUAAUGGGAAAGAUGACUUCAGGGGUCCUGAGUUUCGCAGCCGGAAACCAGGGGUACUGCGGAAAGAGUUUUCGAGAAGACGUGGAGGAGUUGAACACAUGGAAAUUGUCAGUUGCACUGCUUGUGGCCGACAAGUUAACCACUUCCAGAGAGAUUCCUUUUAUCGACAUCCAGUUCUGAAAGUACUUAUUUGCAAGUCCUGCUACAAGUAUUACUCAAGUGAUGACAUCAGCAAGGAUGGGGAUGGAAUGGAUGAGCAGUGCAGAUGGUGUGCUGAAGGAGGCAACUUGAUCUGUUGUGACUACUGUAGUAAUGCCUUCUGCAAGAAGUGUAUUCUAAGAAAUUUGGGAAGGAAAGAGCUGUCUGGCAUCUUGGAAAGCAAGUGGUACUGCUAUGUGUGUAGCCCAGAGCCACUUUUUGACCUGGUGAUGGCCUGUGACAGCAUCCUGGAGAACAUGGAGCAGCGCAGGAAGAACCGAGUAGAGCCGGAGAAAUCUCAACUUUACCACAUGUUGCCACACUUGCCACAAAACAUUCCUUUGGAUAACUGGGAUCACACUGGUAUGGAUGGUAAUGUGGUGUUCAACUACAACACACUGCAGAUUUCAAAGGAUGUUACCAAAAGGGCCAAACAUUUGGUGGACUCGACAAACAUCUUAAACCGGACAUUUGUCAAUUUCAUUCAUAAUGUGACGACGAACAAACAAACACCUGUUGUUCGCAAGCUGUACCUGAAUUCUUUUUUGUCAGUAGUUAAAGGUUUGCGGAAAUCACUUACAGCACUCGAGGAUAGCCUUAAGGAAGAAUUCAGUGACUUGGAUGUCAUGAGCUGUUGGGAAAAGUUCUUUAGUGAAGACUUUGAUGCACAACCUGUAAUAGAUGCCAACACACAGCCAGACAUCCCUGAUGAAAGGUGUUUGAGUGACUUGCAGAAAUUGGCUGCGGAACAUUUGGAAGAUUAUGAUUCUGACUCCAAGGUCUUCACAGAUGGGAGAACUGCACAUGCCUGCCCCGGCGAAAACAUGGAUUCAGCUUCACAUGAUCAGACGAUUGGCUUUAAGUCUUCUGAAAGUGCGAUCAACAUGACUAAAAAACUAGUUGUAAAACUCACACCUGUACCAAUGGAGCAGGAGACAUCCUCUGAUGCCCCAAUGAUGGAGACGGACCUCCACAUGAACGAUAAAACGUCAGAGGGAAAGGUUGUAUCAGAAGACAAAGACACAUUUGUUGAAGGGACUAAAGCUGACAGCAAGUUGAGCAAUGACAACUCUAGCGCAUCUCUACAUCCAGAAGAGGAACAAGGCAAUAGACGCUCUCCUCGCGUGAAGACGACACCUUUGCGGCGACCAAGUGAUGUCAAGGCCACAAAGUCUCAUUCAGCAGCAGACAGUGACAGUGACUCUGACCACGAGGAAACUUCCAACACGGUACCUGCCAAUAACACUGAAGAAAAUAUUCUGAGCAGAGCAAGAGACGACUCUGACUCCGAUGAAGUCCCUGUAGCUCUGCUUGAGCGAGCUGCUAUGACGCAAAGCUCCGAUGAACCCAAGAGUGAUGAGAACGCGGGAAAAGCGUCAACUAAGGUGGCCAAGAAAUGUCUCUUUUGGCUCACGAAGAACACCCCGAUCUCCCCGGAGAACAUGCGCCGCAAACGCAAGAUGCUGGACAUUUCCCCCGAGUCCGACUCAAGUAACAGAAGGGUAAAAUCUCGAAGGGAAAUUGGGACAGAUUCCUCUAGUGAUGAUCAAGACUCGCAGAAGAAAAUGCAACACUUAAAUACACUGAGGCCAAUAGGGAAGUCUCCCCACGUCAAAAGAGAGGAUGACGGUUCAGCUAUAAACCCGGGUAGGAUACAGGCUGGAAAGUCUAAGACUAAAUCUCUCCAGAAAGCGAUGGAGUCGUCAUCCUCAUCAAGCGAAGAUGAAGAUGAAGAUGAAGAGGAUGAAGAUGACUCUGGGAGUGAAGGAAGUGAUCAGAAGAUGAAGCCAAUCACUGAAGAUGUGGCCUUACUGGGGGCAGCAGCAUUCCACCAAUCAUCGGGAGAAGAGGAUCACUCUGGGCUCUCGUGGGCUGCAGAAGAUGAUGAUGAUCCAGAAAAUAGAAUCGCUAAGAAAAUGCUAUUGGCCCAAAUCAAAGCCAACUACUCCUCGGGCGACGAUAUCUCUUCAGAUGAGGAGACACAGGAUGAAUCUGAUUCAGAGGAUGAGAAGGAGGUCAAACAAGACCAUGAGGAGAAUGAAACCGAUGAGAAUGGGGAAGAAUCCACAUCUGAUGGGCCCACCACCAGGCACCACCUUCUCCGCCACAAACUAACCUUAGAUGAGGGAGCGCCGAGUGACAAGACCGUGGCAGAGAGUGAAGGAGCUGAGCCGGAGUGCAAGCAAAAAGCCAGCAGCAAACGCCUGAACUCUGAUGGUGACGGUGACAGUAACGAGUCCGAGCUGGAGGAUCUUGGGAUGAGCGAGGAGCUGAGUCAGUCAGAGGACGAAGCCAGUGAAGACAAACCCAAAAGAGGAUCCAGUAAAGGGAAGAAGGCGUCCAGUAGUUACGAAAAGAAGCUGCAAGUGCCCUGCAUUUGGUUGUCUGACUCCAACAGUGAAAAGAGUGAUAAAGAGGACGCAGAUGAGGAGAACAGUGAUGGUAAAGGCACCCCCAAAGGACGCAAAAAGAUCCGCAAAAUCAUCGAUGAUGUGAAUCUCCGCGCUGAGACCCAGGAAGCCCUCAGAGAGGAGGAGGAGAGAUGCAAACGUUUGGCAGAAAGGGAACAACAGAUGGAGGACAGGAGAGAGAUCAUUGUUAUCGAGGAUGAACUGUCUCUGGUGGCGUGUCCCAUCACUACCAAGCUGAUCCUAGAUCAGGACGAGAAGACCAAGAAGCCUCUCGUUCAGGUGCACAGGAACCUGGUGACGAGGCUGAAGCCUCACCAGGUGGACGGUGUCCAGUUUAUUUGGGACAGUUGUUGUGAGUCUGUGAAGAAGGCCAACUCCUCUCCUGGAUCAGGCUGCAUACUGGCACACUGCAUGGGCCUGGGAAAGACUCUGCAGAUGGUAACUUUCCUCCACACGGUGCUGCUGUCAGAGAACCUCAAAUUCAGAACGGCCCUGGUCGUGUGUCCACUUAACACCAUCCUCAACUGGGUCAGCGAGUUCAAGAAAUGGCAAAGCAACAUGGGACAGGAUAAAGUAACGGUCACAGAGCUGGCUACAAUAAAGCAUCCUCCAGAACGAAUCAGGGCUCUGCAGAGGUGGAAGAGAGAAGGAGGUGUGAUGAUCAUGGGCUAUGAGAUGUACCGCAUCCUGUCACUAGCCAAGAAAAUCAAUGACGAGAAGUGCAAGAAGGAGUUAAAGAGCAUACUGGUGGAUCCAGGUCCAGACUUUGCGGUUUGUGACGAGGGACACAUCUUGCGCAACGAAGCAUCCAAUAUCUCCAAAUCUAUGAAUGCCAUCAAGACCCAACGGAGAGUGGUGCUAACGGGCACGCCACUACAAAACAACCUGAAUGAGUACCACUGCAUGGUCAAUUUCAUCAAGAAGAAUCUACUGGGCUCAUUGGGGGAAUUCCGAAACCGCUUUAUCAACCCCAUUCAGAACGGCCAGUGUGCUGACUCCACGUCAAGAGACGUCCGAAUCAUGAAGAACCGAGCACACGUACUUCAUGCCAUGUUGGCUGGAUGCGUACAGAGAAGAGAUUACUCAGAGUUGACUCAGUUUCUGCCUCCCAAACACGAGUACGUGCUGGCAGUGAGGCUUUCCCCUCACCAGUACAAGCUGUAUCGCUACUACCUUGACAACGUCACGGGUAUGGGCUCCGUGACUAACAGAGCAAAAGCGAGGGUUGGAGCGAACCUGUUCAAGGACUUUCAGGUGCUCAGUCGAAUUUGGACUCAUCCCUGGUGCCUUCAGCUCAGCUACAUCAGCAGGGAAAAAAAGGGAUAUUUUAUAAAGAGGAAUAAAAAUAAAGCGUCAACUCUGCUGAGAAAUGAAGACGCUGCUGUGGCUGAGAGUGGACUCAGAGCGAUCGAAGGAGCAGAAGGGAAUAUCAAUGCCAGCAGUACAGCGGGUAAUGUUGGUGUGUCCAAUGGCGCUCCAGCAGUGGAAGGAGAGAAAACAACCGUCAGCGCAAGGUCUCAGAAUCAAGAUGAGGGCUGGUUCAAGAACCUGCUGUCUGAAGAAGACGCCAAAAUCCUGGCGCACUCGGGGAAGAUGGUGCUCUUGUUUGAGAUCCUCAGAAUGGCCGAAGACCUGGAGGACAAAGUGCUCGUGUUCAGUCAGUCGUUGAUCUCAUUAGACCUAAUUGAGGAUUUCCUCAAGGCGUCCCACCAUGCCAGAAACCCAUCGUCAUUCAAAGCGGGCAGCUGGAUUAGAAACAUUGAUUACUAUCGUCUUGACGGCUCCACCAGUGCUGUGUUGAGGAAGAAAUGGGCAGAUCAGUUUAACAAUGCCACCAAUGUUCGUGGCCGAUUGUUUCUCAUUUCAACGAGAGCCGGCUCACUGGGCAUCAACCUCGUUGCUGCCAACAGGGUCAUCAUCUUUGACGCCUCAUGGAAUCCCUCGUAUGACAUACAGAGCAUAUACAGGGUGUACCGCUUCGGUCAGCUGAAACAAGUGUUCGUGUACCGCUUCUUGGCUCAGGUAACUAUGGAGGAGAAGAUCUAUGAUCGUCAAGUGACCAAGCAGUCUUUGUCCUAUCGAGUGGUGGAUCAGCAGCAGAUUGAGAGGCACUUCACCCUUUUUGAACUGACUGAACUUUACACAUUUGAGCCAGACCUGCUGGACGAUCCAAACUCUAAGAAAAGCAAAAGAAGCACCUCUGUUUUGCCCAAGGAUAAGGUCCUGACACAGCUGUUAAAAACCUCUAAAGACCACAUCGUGUCUUUCCACGAGCAUGAAUCUCUGCUGGACCAUAAACAAGAGGAGGAGCUCAGUGAAGCAGAACGCAAAGAUGCCUGGGCCGAGUACGAGGCCGAGUCUUCCAAGCCUCCAGCCACCUCCGACCAGGAUACACUGGAUAUGAAGACCAAUGAACAGCUAGUGGCAUUGCUGAACAAGAGCAGAGGGAACGUAUCGCUGGCCUUCCUGUCAAUGCAGAGGAUGACUUCUCAAACUGUCGAGGACUACAUGCUACGAGUGCGGCAGCAGUAUCCUCAGCUGCCGGAGGUCGAGGUGAAGAACAAAGCUCAGGUUUGGAAAGUGUUUGACGAGAAGGAGCGGGAGCGUAGACAGGCCUGCUAUCAUGACGUUCUUGGACGGCAGCAAACGCUCACAUUCAGCAUUCAGGCCAUACUGAACAGUCGACGGAUGAAAGCGUUGCUGACGAGCGGGACCACCGGGACCCAGCCUGGAAAGACUUGAACAAGGAAAUCUUGUUUUGUAGAAAAAGUAAUGCCUUUGCUCUACGUCAAAGAGUGAGUUGAAUGUAUGUUUUUAGCACUAUUUGAAUAGAAGAGUGCACUUCCAUAUCAUUAAAACAGCAGCAUAUUAUCAGAUGUCAUAGAAUAAUAUUUACAUUACUUUCUAUCGUGAAGUUCAGGGGCACUGACAGUUUUCUUUUUUGAGCACUUUAACUUACACACAUUAUUUAGUUUUAUAAAUGUCUUUUAUAGAGUUUGAAAAAAACUGAAGAGUAUUCCAAUUUCAUGGUUUACACACAUGCCUUACCAUUUAACCUUGUUUUGCUUUUGAACCGUAUUCAACAUGUUUACCAGUUUUUAUAAUUCUGUAAUAAAUUAACAAUCACAGAAA